GGUGGGCGUCCGUUAAAGGGGCGGAGCGGCAGCUCCCUCUGGGCCGCGUCGGGUCUGGCGGGCUGUCCGGCGGGCGAAGGGCCGGAAGGAGAAUGACGGCCGAGGUGCAACAGCUGCAGGGCCAGGACGAACGGGCCGCGGCCGGAGGGCCAGCGCAGACCUGCAGUUUGCUCCUAAGCCAGCUGAAAGAGAUCACGGGCAUCCACAAUCCGCAGUUCCUCCGGGCGGCACUGAAGGCUGCAGAUGGAAACCUUAUGCAGGCGGUUGGCUUCCUCACAGAAGUCAGUGACCGAGAGUCAGAGGGAGCCCCCACUGCUUCCAACUGUGAGGGAAGGGAAAGACAGGCCAUUGCUCAGGAUGAGAGCCCCCAAGAGGAUGCUGAUCUUCAGGAACCCGCUUCUUCAGAUGGCCAAGAUUUCUCAACUGGGAAGAAGGAUUUUGCUGCAACAAUGAAUGCAGCCCGUGAGCUGAGCGUAGCCGAAAACAAAAACCGUUCCAAAAGGAAACGCUGUGAAGUUUGGGGAGAGAACACCACUCAGCGUGACUGGCGGCGGGUCAGCGGAUGGCCAGUUGGGAUGAAGAACAUUGGAAACACCUGCUGGUUCAGUGCAGUCAUACAGUCUCUCUUCCAGCUGCCAGAAUUCCGGCACCUGGUGCUCAACUAUUCCCUGCCAGAAGCCAUCCUUGACAACUGCCGCAGCCGAAAUGAAAAAAGGAACAUUGCAUUCAUGCAGGAACUCCAAUAUCUCUUUGCUUUAAUGCUGGGAACACGCCGCAAAUUUGUAGACCCAGCGACCGCCCUUGAACUUCUGAAAGGGGCAUUCAGGUCUCCCGAGGAGCAACAGCAAGAUGUGAGCGAGUUCACCCACAAACUCCUGGACUGGCUUGAAGAUGCUUUCCAGCUGACAGUGGAAGUUGAGAAUUCCCAGGACAAAUCGGAGAACCCCAUGGUUCAACUUUUUUAUGGGACUUUUCUAACUGAAGGGGUUCACAAAGGCAAGAGGUUUUCCAAAAUCGAGACCUUUGGCCAGUAUCCCCUGCAGGUUAACGGCUACAAGAAUUUGCAUGAAUGCUUGGAAGGAGCCAUGGUGGAGAAGGAGAGCGAGUCAGACCCUUCCAAGCAGACGGUGACCUAUACACAAGAGCCUGCCUGUAGGAAAGAGCCAGUGCCUCCGUAUUUUCGGGGGAUAAAACUACAGUUUUUGAUGCGCUGGUUUACAAAGCUGCCCCCAGUCCUGACCUUUGAACUUUCCCGCUUUGAGUUCAAUCAGUCCCUCGGGCAGCCAGAGAAGAUUCACAACAAGCUAGAAUUCCCGCCAGUCAUUUACAUGGAUAGGUUCAUGUAUGACAAUAAAGAAAUUAUUCAAGCUAAAAGAGAAGAGAUCAGGAAACUGAAAGAACAGAUGGCCAUUCUACAGCAGCAAUUGGAAAAGUACCUGAGAUAUGGUUCUGGCACAGACCGCUUCCCUUUGCCGGAUAUGCUGCAGUCCGUUCUUGAAUUUGCCAGGACCAAACUUUCCUGCGCAGCAACUAUGACAACAGCAGAAACGAAGGCAGAAAAAGAAUCCUCGGAAACGCAUAGCAAGCCAAGCAGGCGCCCAGGGGAGACGUCAGAUGAGCCCCUUCCUCCUCGGGCCAUCUCCGAAGAUGAGAUGAGUCUGGUCAUUUCCUGCCUGCAGCAGUGGAGGGAGGAGGCUGAGCAAGACAUGGAAGACUUGAAGACUUCCAUGCUGAGGCUUUCUGAGUCGAUGGAUCAUGUCUAUGCUGAUCCUCAACUCUGCCAGGUCCCUUAUCGCUUGCAUGCUGUGUUGGUCCACGAAGGCCAGGCCAAUGCUGGCCAUUAUUGGGCCUACAUCUACGGCCUGCCUCAAAAGACCUGGCUUAAGUACAACGACAUCGCCGUGACAGAAUCCUCCUGGGAAGAACUGGAAAGGGAUUCGUUUGGGGGCUUGAAAAACACUAGCGCCUAUUGCCUCAUUUAUGUUAGUAAAAAACUACCACACUUCGCAGCAGUUUAUGAUGAUGGGCAACCAGAGAGAGAAGUAGAAGUGCUGCCUCUGGAACUUCAGCGUUACAUCGAAGAAGACAACUGGAGGGUAGAACAGGAGAUGGCUGAACUGGAAGAACAGUCCUGCAAAAUGGCCCAGAUAGAGCAAUCCUCCGCCCCUGUGGAGUCUCAGAACCUGUCUUCUGACUCAAGCCAAGAACACUCCUUCCCCUGCGAGGGUGGGCCACAUUCGCUCUCCUCCGAGCACGCCGUGAUGGCCAAGGAGCAGACUGCCCAAGCCAUCGCCAAGACGGCCGAUGUCUACGAGAAGGAUGGCAUCCCGGCCGCUCUGGACCAGCCCAAGGAGGCAGAUCCAGAGAAGGCCCCCUCAGAGGAAGGCAACCCCACGGCGCAGGCAGAAGAGCCCCAGGAAGCGGAGCGGAUGGAGCCUUCUGCCCCACCCAGCUCUCAAGUCUCGGAGGUGGAGAUCCCCAGUGUGGGGAAGAUCCUCGUUAGGUCGGAUGCGGACGGCUAUAACGAGGAGGUGAUGCUUAGCCCCGCCAUGCAAGGGGUGAUCCUGGCCAUUGCUAAAGCUCGUCAGACCUUUGAUCGCGAUGGGUCUGAAGCAGGGCUAGUCAAGGCAUUCCGUGAAGAAUAUUCCAGACUCUACUCGUUGUCAAGAGAGACCCCAACGCCCCAGAGUGACCCCCGCCUUCAGCAUGUCUUAGUUUACUUGCUGCAGAACAGCGCCCCAAAGCAGGUGGUGGAACGGACUCUCCUGGAGCAGUUUGCAGACAGAAACCUCAGCUACGAUGAAAGAUCAAUUAGCAUUAUGAAGGUGGCACGAGAAAAGCUGAAAGGAAUUGGCCCAGAUGAGGUGGACAUGGAAGAGUACAAGAAAUGGCACGAAGACUACAGCUUGUUCCGCAAGGUGUCCGUUUAUCUCUUGACCGGGUUGGAGCUGUAUCAGAAGAACCAGUACUGCGAGGCCCUGACCUAUCUGGUGUACGCCUAUGAGACCAACUCUGUCCUGCAGGCCAAAGGGCCCAGCCGGGGCGCGGACUCCGCCCUGAUCGCUCUUUACAGAAGGAAGUGCCUCUUGAGGCUGAACGACGCCGCAGCUGCCCUCUUUGAAAGCAGCAACGGGAAGGAAGUGGACGAGGGGGUGAGCGUCUUGAACGAGCUGAUCAUCCCCUGCAUGCACCUUAUCAUGAACAACCAUGUCUCCAGAGACGACCUGGAUGCCAUUGAGGUCAUGAGGAAUCGCUGGUGCGCCUACCUGGGAAAGGAUGUGGGUGGUAAGAAAGAGAAGCUGCAAAUGAAGCUGGGUGAAUUUCUGCCCCGCCUGCUGGACUGUUCUCCGGAAGGAGUGGUUCUGAAGGAACCCCCCAAGAUCCGCCCCAACUCGCCCUACGAUCUCUGCAGCCGGUUUGCAGCUGUUAUGGAGUCCAUUCACGGGGCCUCGGCGGUGGCCGUGAAAUAAGGCAGCGAGCCCUCUCGGCUUAAACCCUGGAGGCCCCUGAGCCCCCCAGGAGUGGAAUCUGGGGGGGGGGGGCAGACAACUCUGGGAAGGCUCCUUGAGGAGAGGGACUGUGCUGAAAGACUCCACCUUCAGCCUGAACAGUGAUGCAGUGCAUGUCUAGGGAAGAGCUGGCAGGUGUGGGGCUCUUGGACGUGCACCAGCUGCAUGCAGACAUGGGUUUUGGAAUGCCCAGUGAGGUUCCCCGUUAAUGAUUGACUUUAGUUCCUACAAGGAGCUUGGGGGCGUUUUUGGAAGAACUCUGCCACUUUAAACUAAGCGUUGUAUAUAGACAAUUCCAUCUUGCCAAGUGGGUGCUUUAUCUGGCCAGUUGUUUAAGGUGCUUCUUGAGAGCAUUCUGUUGUGUGGACCCCUUUAACUUUAAAGGCACCUGCCUGUCCCCGUCCCCCCCGCUGGUCUCCCAUGUGUUAAUUGGGCACUGCUGGGCUCCAUGAACGGAUCAGCCCACAGCAGUGCAACUGAUUGUGAGGAGGACUGCGUGGAAUACUGGCGAGGGGCCUUGACCCUCGCUGUCUUUCAAGCAUAGCAAGUUCAGGCAUAAGUCAAGUCAUCGCCAGAGGGUUAAAUAGCACGUGGGGCAGUUUUGGUAAAGGAACUUUAAUUGUAAACCAGGUUUAUUCGCAGUGAGACCAUACAUGUGUUAGCAGUCCAUCUGCUCUCUUAGGCAGCCAUUCUUAUGGGUGAACCACUUGGCAUGCAGCUGCUGCCCUGGCUGCUGGUUUAGGAACUGGCAUUUGUGCCGGAGGACAGUAAUGCAGAAUCAGCAGAGCGGAGAGAUCAGAAGCAGCUUCCUUGAACCUUCCCCCAAAUAAUUUCUUGAAUGUCAAUCACCGAAGUUUAAUUACCAGGGUAGUAUUGGCAAAGUACGCACUGAAGUCAGGAUAAAACCAAGUUGAAUAAGUCACACUUUUAAUGGUUAUAUUUUUCCUCAAGAUCUUUUAAAGCAACCUGUUUUAUUAGAACGCUAACAAAUUGAGAUGAAAAUACAAAUCUGAUGAGAUUUCUGGUUUCAAAGUGCAAUAAAUAUUACCCUAAAGA